UUUCUACUUGGUCUCUUUCUCUACUUUUCUUUUAGUUUUCAACUUUGAAGAUCUUCACAUCACACCAAACCCAUCAUCGUCAAAUCUAUUUUAUUAGCUGUGCUCUUCUCCCUUUUCCACAGUAGUAGUAAAAAAACAUAACAAUUCAACAAAUGUUCAGUGUUUCUUCUUUGUUGCAGAAAUGAACCUCCUUUAGCCAUUAACUUAGUUCCCCAGAUCUGUUUAGGUUUUGAAGAAAUGGAUGGAAGAAUGAGGAAAUACAGACAAGCAACAAGUCCAGAUAGAACUAUAGUAUGGACAGAACCAUCACCUAAACACCAAUAUCAACAAAAUAGAAAAGUUCCUGUUGUUUAUUACCUUUGUAGGAAUAGACAUCUUGAACAUCCUCAUUUCAUUGAAGUUUCACUUUCAUCCACUGAAGGUCUAUACUUAAGAGAUGUGAUUAAUCGGUUGAACAAUCUAAGAGGUAGAGGAAUGGCUUCUUUGUAUUCAUGGUCUUGCAAGAGAAGUUACAAGAGUGGAUUUGUUUGGCAUGAUCUUUGCGAAGACGACUUAAUACUUCCUGCUCAUGGGAAUGAAUAUGUUCUUAAGGGUUCUGAGUUACUCGAAGAAUCCCAUUCAGAUCGAAUACUUCCGAGUAGUAUAGGGAAAUUGCAAAAAUCGAAACAGUUACAUGAACUCGAGUAUGUAAGAGGACAAGAUGCUUCUUCUUCUCGAGUUCCUAACAUGGUUGGAAAAGAUAUAGAUAAAUCUUCUCAAGAAGAUGAACUGUCACCUCGGCUUGAACCCCCAAGUUCGUCUAGCACGUCACCUGAUUCUGGGAUUGGAAAGAAUCACUCAGCAUGUGACACUAUGAGCUUGACUGAGUACAAGAUCUUUAAAGGAGAUUGUGCCGCUGAUGCUGCAACUCAGACGGAAGAACAUAUAGAAGCUAAAGCACUAGAAACUUGUACAAGGGGUGUUUCAACUGAUGAUAGGUCAUCAGAACUAGAAUGCAACGAGAAUCAACCAAGUGAAAUUCAGCACGAAAUCCAGAACUCAGAGAUUUGCCGAGAGGAAAUCUCCCCACCCCCUGCUUCCUCCAGCAACUCUUCUUCGGGUAGAAAAACUGACACUUUGGAGUCUUUGAUUAGAGCUGAUGCUAAGAAGAUGAAUAGUUUCAGGAUACUUGAAGGUGAAGAACUCCGCGAACCUUCGAAUACGAAACUCAAGGCUUCAGAUUUACUAAUGCAACUGAUCUCCUGCGGUUCUAUUGGAGUGAAAGAUCACAGCUUCGGCCUCAUCCCAACUUAUAAGCCAAAAUUUAUUCAUUCAAAAUUCCCGUCACCAUUAUUCUCUAACUCAGUUGUGUUAGGAGGAGAGUUUGACUCCCUGUCGGACAACCCGAGGCUAAUGAGCAUGAGAUUGGAAGACAAGGAGUAUUUCAGUGGGAGCUUGAUAGAAAUCAAGUCUAAGGAAGAAGGUGACGGAAUUGCUGGUCUGAAACGAUCUUCCUCUUACAACGCAGACAGGAGCUGUAACACAUCGGAGUCCACAGGGAACAAAGAGGAGACUGAUGCCGCUCGUUCUAAAUGCAUCCUUCGGUCAAUCAAGACUUCAUUGACCAAGCAACCAAAGAGUGAGUCAAUGAGGUCCCCUAUUUCAGAUAAGCCAAGAAAGGUUGAGAUAAUGAGAUCUCCUAUUUCAUUGAACUCGAGGAAAGGUGAUGUAAUGAGAUCCCCUAUUUCUGAGAAGCCGAGGAAGGGUGAGGUAACAAGAUCUCCUCUUUCUGAGAAGCCAAGGAAGGGUGAGGUACUGAGAUCCCCUAUUUCAGAUAAGCCAAGAAAGGGUGAUGUAACAAGAUCACCCAUUUCGGAGAAGCCAAGGAAGUCCUCGACAGAAGCUGAAUGUUCCAGGCCAACAUCCAUGACUGCAUCCACUGACAACACUAGUAGCAUUGUCCAGCCUUCUUCAGGGAAGAGACCAUCAAGGAGAUUAGACUCAUUUAGAGAAGAUAGAGUGAUACAAAUUGAAGAGACAGGCUUUCUUCGGGAGCUCGAGUUAUAAUUCAGUCGAACGUUCCAUGUGAGGAUAGCGAAGGCAGCUCUUCUUAAUCUCUAGUAACUUAUCAAGAGAGUAAAUAUUCCACAUGGAAUCUCAUCAGUUGUCCAUUUGACAGAAGAUCAUGCAGGUACAUGGGUCAUUCAUUAGUUGGUUUUUUGGAUGGUAGAUAAAAUGGGUUUGCUUCUCUAACUAGUGCAUAGGAGGGAAGUAACAUCUUUUGAAUUUUGAAGUGAAAACAAAAAAUUUGUGGGGCUUGUUGGAGGGAGAUUACUUCAUGUUCUUCUGUUGCUGUAAGUGUAAAUUUGAAAAUUCAAAAUCUUUUCCAUUUGAACAAGGGUGUGGGGGUAGAUUUCAGAGUUUGGUCCCUAGUCCCUACAUUUUGUUGGGCAAUUUUUUCAUUAAUCAGUUUUGUUGCUAUAUGUAAUGUGUGUGCUGUACUUAGUACUUUCUUCUAGAUAUAUGUUCCCACUUCCACAAGUAAUGACAGCAGUUAUGAUGUAUAGUAUAUUAUUCACCAACUGAAGUUUCUUGGUAAAUUUUUUUUUGAA